GUUCGUCUUAUCAUCAUUACGUUUGACGUUUAACUUGGUUAAAUCACGUUAGAUUAAGUUUAGACAUUAACAUUGAAUUACACUCAAUCAUGGUAGAAAGUCUGGAUCUCACAAAAACUACUUAACCGGUGCCAACAAAGCCAUAGAAGAAUCGCACUUCAAUCUUAUACCUAAGAAAAACACCCAAUCUAACUUAUCUAAUAGAUUUGUUCCUGAACGAUACAUUAUUGAUUUAUGCGAAUUUAUCCGAAUAUCCUAGUAAAUGAGAAUUUAAAAAUAUGUUUUCAUUAUAAAUGACAUGUAUGGAUGCGAGAUAACUGGUUUAAAAUGCGUUUACCAAGAAGAUUCAGAAUAUUAUUGCUUUUGUUACUAUGGCGGUUGACCUCUGUGAUCAUAGUACAAACUGCUCAUGUACCAGAUGAAUAUUGGCAAUCACUUGAGGUAGCUCAUUAUCUGACAUUUGAUUAUGGGUACCUUACAUGGGAAUGGACAAUGAUGAUUCGUAGUUAUAUUUAUCCAUUUCUCAUAUCAAUUCUGUAUCAUAUACUCGCCAUAUUUUCUUUAGAUGUCACAUUUUUAUUAACAAUAUUGCCACGUGUUUUUCAAACAGUUCUUGCUGCUUAUGCAGAUUACAGAUUUUAUAAAUGGACCAAGUGUAAGUGGAUGUUGUUUGUUCUAUGUUCAAAUUGGUAUUGGUACUAUUGUGCUUCAAGAACACUGAUAAAUUCAGUAGAGACUGUCUGUACCACAAUAGCAUUAUCAAUAUUUCCUUGGAAAAAUAAUCAUGUACAGAGUAUACAAUUUUUAUGGAUUGUGGGCUUUCUCUGUAUGAUAAGACCUACUGCUGCGAUUAUAUGGUUUCCAUUAUGCUUAUAUCAUAUUUGUUCAAGUGCAGAAAAGAAAAUAGCACUAUUUGGUCGUUACACAAUAAUAUGUCUAUUUUGUUUUCUGCUUUCCAUAUUAAUAGAUAGUUAUUGUUAUGGAAAAUUUGUAAUAACUCCUUGGAGAUUUUUCCAAGUGAAUGUGCUUGGAAGUGUUGGAAACAUAUAUGGCAAAGAACAUACAUUAUGGUACAUCUUUGUUGGUUUACCCGUGAUACUCGGAUUGUAUUACAUCCCAUUUUUGAUUGCUGUUUGGCGAAUACUUAAACAUUCCGUUUACUUCAAUCGAGAAUUAAUUAUGCUCAUAGUAAUUGGUUGGACAUUAUUUGUCUAUUCCUUAUUGCCUCACAAGGAAUUUCGAUUUAUUUUACCGCUUUUGCCAAUGUUGAUAUAUGUAAGUUCCGCUUGUACUUAUCGUUUAAACGCUAGAAUUACAGCAUUUGUCCGUAAAAGUAUUUUAGCAUUAUUAAUAUGCAGCAAUGUCAUACCCGGAUUUUAUUUUUCCUUGAUUCAUCAACGUGGCACAUUAAAUGUAAUAGAGCUCUUACGGUAUGAAAUUUCUGCUAAUAAUUCUUUAUCAACAAAUGUGCUAAUUCUAACUCCAUGCCAUGCUUUGCCCUUGUACAGUCAUCUGCAUGUAAAUACAUCAAUAAAAUUUCUAACUUGCGAACCUAAUUUUGAUAAUUUUAAUGAUUAUCUGGAUGAAGCAGAUCAAUUUUUUGUGAAUCCAACAUUUUGGCUCGAUAAUAAUUAUGUUAAUAAUAAAAGUACUAUAUUACCAACUUAUGUAAUCAUAUUUGAUAAUGUUGUAAAUAAAAUAACUAACUUCUUAAGUAGAUAUAGAUUAAUUGCUAAAGUAUUUUAUACACAUUUUCCUCAAUCAAAUUAUGGAGAAUAUAUAUUAUUGUAUAAACAUGUAACAUUUAUUUAAAAAAUUGAUAUAUAUA